AUGCUCGCUCUCGUCAUUCCCGCACUCUACCUCGUGGCCUGGGCUUCCGGGCUGAACGACCUCUCGACAGAUUUACCAAAAUUUGGCAAGCCCUUGAACAAUCUUACUGUGUCCGUGGGUCGAGAAGCUGUCUUUGCUUGUAUUGUCGAGAAUCUAGGACCUUACAAAGUCGCAUGGUUGCGAGUGGAUACUCAGACGAUCUUGACGAUAUCGAGUCACGUUAUUACAAAGAACCACAGGAUAGCAGUGACGCAUAGCGGACAUCGUACAUGGUCCCUUCACAUCAAGGACACGCGGGAAACUGACAGGGGCUGGUAUAUGUGUCAGGUGAAUACCGAUCCCAUGUCGAGCAACACGGGAUUCCUUGAAGUUGUUGUACCGCCAGAUAUCCUCGAUUAUCCUACGAGCACAGAUAUGAUGGUGAGGGAGGGUAACAAUGUUACAUUGCGCUGUGCAGCGACUGGUACACCUGAACCGACGGUUACGUGGCGCCGGGAAGCAGGAGGAAUCAUUACACUUUCUAAUUUACAAGAAGUGGCAAGUAUCGAGGGCCCAGAGCUCGAAAUAACACGUGUUAACCGACUGCACAUGGGAGCCUAUCUCUGCAUCGCUUCGAAUGGGGUGCCGCCGACAGUCAGCAAACGAAUUGUCCUCAUUGUUCAUUUUCCGCCUAUGAUCCGAAUUGAAAAUCAGCUAGUCGGUGCAUACGAUGGACAAACAUUAAUAUUGGAAUGUCAUAGCGAAGCAUAUCCCAGACCGAUUACAUAUUGGACAACCCCUUCGAACGAAACAAUAAAUAACGAUGGUCACUAUAAAGUCGAGGGUUUUACGUCAAAUUACGAGACGGUGAUGAAACUUACGAUUAAAUCAGUCCGACCUCAGGACUUUGGACCUUUCCGCUGCAUAGCGACAAAUUCACUAGGAGAAACCGAUGGAAAAAUCAAAUUAUAUAAAAUUUCAAGACCUGCAUCGGUACGAAAACCAAACACGAGGCGAGAUUCAAAGAAGCUGUGGAGCCAAGAUAAUUCUAAUACUAAAGCAGCAACUGGCAUGAUGGAGGAGUCUUUAUUUAAGGAUGAGAACAUCGAUGAUGGCGAUGAUUUUGAUUCCGCGGCCAUUCAAUUUACUCCUCAGUUUGUCUCCAAUUUUGUUUGCUGUAUAACAUCAUCCAUUAUUGUUCGAAGAUUGUCCUCGUAGAUUUGCAUACAUAUAAGGAAAUAUACGUGCAUCAUACGCAUAUGCAAUCGGCAUUGGUUGGUUACUCAU